AACAUGUUCAGUGGAAAAUCUGUAGAAAUGAUGUAAGAGACAGCAAAGGCAGGGAUUGGAGUAAGGGGUGUAUAGCUGAGACUAUAAAAACUCAGAGAGAAAACUCUCCAUCAGGGCUGAGUUUGGGAGAAACUGCACAUACAGGACUCUAAAGUUAGGCACCCCUGGUUUAUCACAAGAUGCUGGACUGGAGACUGGCAAGUGCACAUUUCAUCCUGGCUGUGUCUUUGAUAUUGUGGAGCUCAGGAAAAGUGCUCUCAGUGGAUGCAGCAACAGAGGCCUUUGAUUCUGGAGUCACAGAUUUGCAGUCACCACCCACAGUCCGAGAAGAGAAGUCAGCCACUGACCUGGCUGCAAAACUGUUGCUCCUUGAUGAGCUGGUAUCUUUGGAGAACGACGUGACAGAGACAAAGAAGAAAAGGAGCUUUUCUGGCUUUGGGUCUCCCCUAGACAGGCUCUCAGCGGGCUCUGCAGAUAAAGUUAAACAGAGGAAAGUAGUAGCUCAUCCAAAAAGACGAUUUGGCAUCCCCAUGGAUCGGAUUGGUAGAAACCGGCUUUCAAAUUCUAGAGGCUAAUUGAUUUCAAGUAUGCAACUUCCUUGGGUGAAAUGACACAGAAAUGUGGAAGAUGCUUCCAUGAAGUUCUUCAUACUCCUUAAGCAUAAAAUUUUAAGGAACUGGCCUUCUGCAAAUCUUUUCCAAACCUUGAACUUCAGUCCAUCACGUCACAGUAUUGUUUUGGUUUCAUUACAUUAUGCAGAUCACUUCAAUGCAUGUAUAUUUUAAAUAUGUAUGUUAAUUAUUCAGGCAUGGUUACCUGCUCGCCAGACCUCAUUUUUUAAUCACAUUCAAAAAGCAUGAUAUAAAGAGAAAUACCUUCUAUAAGCAUGUACAAUUCUUCUUCUUCUUCUUUUUUUUUCAGUUAAAGAAUAGUAAUGAGAGAUAUUUGAGUCUUAAAACUAGAUAAAAUCUGUUUGUUCAUUAUUGGGUAGUAAGGAAAGGCCAUGAUGUGUAUUUUCGCUGGAGUACAUUCACCUGUCUCUUUUUCUUUGUCCAUAAACUUGUUGGUAAUAAUAAUAAUAAUUAUUAUUAUUAUUAUAUAAUUAUAUAAUAAUAAUAAUUAUUAUUACUUUUAUCAUAUUCAAGUUUUGUCCACUUUAACCAAAUAAAACACAGUCCCAGUGAGCUGUAAAGCCAGAGUUGUGUUAGAGUUAAGGAUAUUACUCAUUUGUUAAACUUUUAUAUUUCUUAUUCCCCAAAUUGUCUCUAAAUUUUAACUGAUAGCUAAUAAACAGCAGCAGUGGUUCAUUAUGAGGGGAAAAACUACACACAAAAGUAACAGAUGAAAGUAGACAGGAAGUUAAAGAAUCAGUAAGCAGUAAACCACCACCCAGACCAGGGCCAGCACAGCACAGAACAUUUCAGUAUAGAACAAUGGCAAAUCUUUUUUAGAAGUAUUGACUCAUCUAGGAAAUUAUUUACCCUAGUUCAGACACUGUGCUUAAUAAGGCAUUGAAGAGCGUAAUGUAUUUGGAAGUGGUGUAUUUAAAAUGAGGCAGAUUAUUUUUAAUUGACCUAUCAAGGCAUAAGAGUUUGCACUUUCGAAAGUUCAGUUCUCAGUAAAAAGUGUGAUGUUACUGCAGUUUAGGUGUAUAAGCAUUGUGUGCUGGAGAUACUUUCAAAAUACAAAAAUAACAUGGAACAGAGAUUCAGCAUGAGUAAUUUGACAGAACUGUGUAAAGCAUCUGUAGAACACUAUUCCUUUAAACUCUCGCAAAACUCAUCAUCCAACAGACCUAAUAUACUUGUAUGGUACACAGAGCAAAAUAAACUCAAAGUAAUAGCAUGGUGACAAAAAUGCACUAGAAAAGAACUGAAUGGAUGAUUGGCCUAAGUUAAAAAGAAAAUUAAAUUUUUAGUUAUGCAACAUGCUUUUUAGAAACCCAAUUUAGAAGAUCUGAAAAGAGGUAAAAGAAAUAAUGAUGGAUACUUAGAACACAUAGCUGUUUUGUAUAAAACUUCUCAGUUUUUCUGGAAAUUUUCAAAUUGCUGAAAAAUCUUCAAAGUGUAGGGAAAACAGUAAAUGAGUGUUUCUUUUAUUUGUAAUAGAGUGCUACAGUAAAGAGAAAUUAAUUUUGAGAAAGAUAACCAAUUAUGUUCUUCAUACUUGUUUUAGCUAUUUAGCUAGUUCUUGUUUUAGGUAUAAGUAGCACAUGGGUAAAUAUUCUACAGGCCUCAAAGUUUGAAGGGAUUAUUUAAGAAGUAAUGGUUACUACAGAUCACAGAAAAUAUGCAACUUUUGACUUUUGUAGACUGGUCUAUUUCACUUGGUGUGAUAGUUUCCAGUUUCAUCCACUUAUCAACAAAUGCCAUAAAGUCAUUCUUUAUAGCUGAGUAAUACUCCAUUAUGUAUAUAUAGAAGCUAAUCCAAAAUAAGGGGAUGGGUUUAAAAAAGAUUAGAAGAAAGAUAAGUAGAAUAGACAAAGAGGAAUGAAAGAAAGGGAGUAAGGAUGGGAUAUAGAAUGACAGUGGAAUGAAUCUGACAUAACUUUCCUUUAUAAAUAUAUGAAUAGACCACAGUGAAUUUUAUCAUCAGAUACAUCCAUCAGACAAUAAUUAAAAAAAGAAAGACUAAGUAAAUAGCAGAAAGAUCAGUAGAUUAGAAAAAAGGGAACAGGGGAAAGAAGGAGGGGGAAGGAAGAGGAAGUAUUGGGAACUGAAUUAGAACAAAUUAUAUACCAUGCUUCCAUAAUUAUGUGAAAAUGCAUCCUGUUGUCAUGUAUAACUAAAGAGAGCCAAUAAAAUUAAUUAAAAUAAAUAAUGAUUUCUCCUAUCUACUUUCCCCAGCCUUCUGAUGAACUAUGGAAUUGUUCCCUAUUCCUGGGAAGUUCUUUCUUUCCAUUUAAUCCCAUUUGAAUAUUUGUAAGCAUCUAAAGCAACUAGGUGCUACUUUGUGCUUUGACCAAUGGUAUUAAAAACGACUUCAGCUGAAAUAUUUCUUAUGGGAAAGAUUUGAAGUUGCGUUUCACAAAUAGAUUUCUACAUAAUAUUUUUAAUUCAAGAUUGGGUUAUGACAUCCAAUUUAAAUAAAAUAUGACACCACAAUCUAUUCAUUGAUGUUUAUUUUGAUAUGCAAUGCCUGUCUAAUAUACACAAAACUUUUAAGAAGAAAAAAUGUUUUCCCCAUCUAUAAUUUCGUUUUCAUAUUUUAAUUUUUAUCACUUCAGACAAAAUAGAAAAUAAGUCAGCAAUAUCAUAGUUUUAAAUAGGAUCAUCUUCUAAUAUAACUAUAAAUUAAGACAUCACUUUCAGUUAAGAACAUGAAACUCAUUUCAUUUCUCUGUUCAGUGGACUUGCUUAUUACUAAAUCUAACUACAUUUCCUUGGAAAGCCACAAAUGUGAAGGAUUGUUUAGUUUUAAAAUAAUAUGUUACCUUUUUAACUCCUUGCCCCCAUGCAGUGUUUCAUAAUGCAAAUGAAUAUGUGAACAUGGAUUUCUGCCUGCUGGUGCAAUUACAUAACCAACUUUUUAUGAGAGGACAUUGAUUCCUGGCUAUAUUAUCUUAAAAUUUACACUACAAAAAGGCUGUCAAUUGUACGUUUAGUCUAUAGAUAUCUUCAGGGAAUUAAAUUUCUUAAAGAAAUUAUUGAAAAAAAAUAAUAAAAUCUUCUAAAAAGAAGAGGCAUCAAAAACUUUGUGAAUGUCACUAUUUCCUUAUACCCAAAGAUUUAAGAUGCUUAAAUAUUGUUCAGCUUUUCCAAAGUUAAUAACCAUGAGAUGAUAAAAGAAUUUUUCAUCUUUCUUUUGGUAAAAAAAAAACAUCUUCAGGCAUUACUGUGCCACUAAUAUUUAUUAAUGUACACUUGAAUGGUUUCUAAGCAAGUAUAUUGGUAUCAUUAUAGGCAACUUGCUAAAAUUAGUCUGUUCUAUGUACUGUUUUACUUUGAGGGGUUUAAGAAAUACUGUUCAUGUCAUCUUUUGAGAUUUUAUCUUUAAGAACCACACAUGAUUAGAUAAAAAUCCAUUUCUUCCUCACAUGAUAAAGUAAGGGAAUGUGUGUGAGCUCAUCUGGUCAGCUACCACAUACUAGUCAAGUCGUUUAAAUUCUUUAGCUAUAAAGUUUCUUUGAUAAUACCUCUGUUCCAGUAUGGGUGGCAGACAGAAUUCAGGCUAAAUUUCCAACCUUGGAUUGGUUAAAUAAGCUUGCUCAGAUGUAAGCAUAACUAGCCUGAUGAAUAGAUAGGAAAUAAGGCCUGAGGGUGUAGCUCAGUGGUAGAGUGCUUGCCUAGCAUGCAUAAGGCCCUGGCUUCAAUCCCCAGUACCAAAAAAGAAGGAGAAGAAAGAAAAAAAGAAAAAAAUAAGUGUGAAACAAAAACGUAACAAAGGAAAACCAAGAAGCUCUUUGGUUUUUGGUUGGUGGUUUUUAUCACACUAGGUCUAUCCUCUUACAGGCAUGCUGGGAGUCUCAAAUGGAUUUUUAAUGUUGUAGGGGAAACAGAGCUGAAAAUUAAUAGACAUAAUGUUUUGUAAGAAAGUUUUCUUACAUUUUAUUGUAAGAGACAUCCAGCACUACUUCUCCAAGAGUCCAAUAAAUAAUACAUUUCUGCUUGUCAGUAAUAUAUGUUUUUUUUUCAAUAGUUAUGGUGACAAUUGUUCAAAUUAGCAGAAAAGAAAGAGUGGCCAACACAAUCAUAAAAAAAAAUAAUAAUUCAUAUUUUCCACAUAAAUUGAGACAAUAUAAUUUAUUUUAAUUUUCCAAGAUGCUUUUUAAAAUAUUUUAACUGCAGUCAUCAUAAGACAAAACUAUAAGCAAUGAAUUUAUGAAAACAUAAAUAGAUACAGCAAUUUCAACUUCAGCUCAAAAGUCAUUUUAAUAGUCACAUGCAAUUCACCAAUGCAAGUGAUUUGUCAUAUUCACAACAUAAACAUUAAGUACAUUGGAACCCACUUAGUAACAAAGUGAGAAAAAUAAUGUGCAGAAUAAAUGCCACAGCUUCCUUAUGUUUGAAACAGUUGCAAUCUUUAAGCAGUAGAGAUUUUGUAUAUAGACAUAUAGAUAGAUCUUUGUCUGCCAUUCUUAUCUUUUUUGCAUCCAUAGAAAAAGCUUUAGACACAGUAUUUCCAAAAGCAAGCUAAAGAAAAAAAAUAUUUUUUAUUAGAAGGGUAUUUUAUGAAACCUUAUAUUUUAAUAAAAUGUGUGUACUUCAGAAAGUAGGAGGGACUGCUUUGUGAAAAGCAUGUCCAAUAUAGUAGCUUUAUGUGGAUCUAGCUUUAUGUGGAUCUUUAAAUUAAUUAAAAUUAAAUAACUAACAAGUCAGCUUCUCUAUUACACCAGCUGCAUGUCAAGCACUUGGUAGUGAGUGACUCAAAGCCAUUGUCUACCAGAAUGAUAGUGCAAAUUAGAGAAUGGUCCCAUCACAGAAAGUUCUAUUAGACAUAACUGUUAUACAUUACAAGGCAUGUAAUUCAAUCCAGAGAACAUAGUAGGCUGACCUGUUAAAUUCACUCUUUUAUGUAAUUGAAGUCUCAAAGAGGAAGUCACAUAAGUAAAACACAGUUCUAAAUUUGCUUUUAUUUAUUGAGAAAAGAGGAAGAAAGAGUUUCAACAUCGCAUUGCAAACCACCAAGUGAUAUUUAAGUAAAUUCAAUCUUUAUCACACUGAGCCUUCAAAUUGUGAUCAUAA